GAAAAAUCACUCCAUCACCCACUGACCCAUCACAGUUCUUGAUCCAUCCAGCCAGAACCAAUCACUCGGAUCAUCAAGACCGAAGGGAAAAAGAAAAAGGGAAGGAACGGCCAGAGAGAAUCGAUCACCAUGAGAACCAGCAACCACCUGAUCGGCCUCCUCAACUUCCUCACCUUCCUCCUCUCCAUCCCCAUCCUCGGCGGCGGGAUAUGGCUGAGCAGCCGCGCCAACUCCACCGACUGCAUGCGGUUCCUGCAGUGGCCCCUCAUCGUGAUCGGCGUGGCCAUCAUGGUGGUCUCCCUCGCCGGGUUCGCCGGCGCGUGCUACCGCAACACCUUCCUCAUGCGGUUCUACCUCGUCUGCAUGUUCUUCAUCAUCGCCGCCCUCAUCAGCUUCAUCAUCUUCGCCUACGGCGUCACCGACAAGGGCGGGGGCAAGCCCGUCGACAACCGGGCCUACCGGGACUACUACCUGCAGGACUACUCCGGGUGGCUGAAGGAUCGGGUGGCCAGCGACUCCUACUGGGGCAAGAUCAGCUCCUGCAUAAGGGAGUCCAAGGCGUGCAAGAAGAUCGCCGUCACCGUCAACGGCGUCCCCGAGACCGAAAGCAUGUUUUACCUCCGCAAGCUCAACCCUAUCCAGUCUGGAUGCUGCAAACCGCCCACCGACUGCGGCUACACCUAUGUGAACGAGACCUACUGGACGCCGGGCGGCGGGCUAGCCGGGACCAACCCUGACUGCUCCCUGUGGAAUAACGACCAGGAUCAGCUGUGUUACUCGUGCAGCUCCUGCAAGGUCGGCGUGCUCGCCAGCCUCCGGCACAGCUGGAGGAAGGUCUCGGUCAUCAACAUCGUCAUACUGAUCAUCCUGGUGAUCGCCUACGUGGUCGGUUGUGGGGCAUACAGGAACAACAAGCGCAUCGACAACGACGAGCCCUACGGCGAAGCCCGGAUGACCAAGGCACAGCCUAGUAGGCUCCAGUUCUAGUACUCGCGUCGCUCGAUCAUGUAAUUUGACCGGUUUAUUCGGUGUUGUUUAAUAGCUUUGAAGGGUUGGUCGUACAUGAUGUGCCAGCGGCACAAAUCCUCUUUCCUGACUGCUCUUCGACUUUUCUUUUUUGGAAUAGAAGCAAAGGACUGUGUCAAUGCAAUGGAGAUGUAGUGGCAGGAAAUUGAAGUUGUAUGAUGGGAUAUACAGGAGUAUAUGAGUGCCUGGACUUACUACUGUGAUGACUAUGGUUUUAUGACAUAUGUAUUACAAGGAAUGAAUGGAUUUC